CUUUUUUUCCUCUUAAACUAGUUGUUUUGCCUUUAUUUUUCCUAUUAAAGUGAACGAAACAGCCUGCCAGUCUACCAGAGCGAGGAGCAUUGAGGCAAGAGUUGCAGUUUUCCGGUUUCAACCUCACCCCCUGCAUCUGCAACCACAUCAAUCCCUAAGCGAAAAGAAGAUACCAGGAUUGGCAGCCAUGGUGGGAGCCUCCACCUCCUCCUCCACCUCCUCCUGCGCCUUCUUUGGUUCCUUCGUUGAAGGCGUCGGCCCUUCCGCCGCCUCCAAACCCUCAGCCGCCUCCUCCGCUUCCUCGGUCUCCAGACUCAAAUUCGUCUGCAGCUACGGUGGUAGGAUCCUGCCCCGAUACACUGACGGCAAGCUCCGCUACUUCGGCGGCGACACCCGCAUCUUCGCCGUCGACCGCUCGGCCGCUUUCUCAGAGCUGCAGGAGAAGAUGCGAGAUUUCUGCGGGUGGACCGCGGUGGGCGUCCGGUGCCAGCUGCCGACUGAGGAUCUAGACGCCCUCGUGUCCAUCAAAUCCGACGAGGACCUCUUCAACCUCGUGGAGCUGUACGAUCUCGCCGGCCGCCAGAAGAUACGGGCGUUCUUAUUUCCCCUGGCGUCCAAGCCUUCAUCCCCUCCUCCGGCAGCCACAUCAGGUGAUGAUCGGAGCACCCCGGUUACAUCCGAUCGGUACGUCCAGAUCCCCCGGCCCGCCAAGUUCGUGGGUCGGUACGCCGGCUAUCUAGGGGAUGCCCAUCGCCACGACCAUUAUCACCACCACCACCACCACCAUCAAAAUCACGGCCACAAUGUGGCGCCAUGGCCGUGCAAUUACCACCACCACCACCGCCAACACCACCACCUCGUAAAUCCUGGAAGCCACUGUAAAUAACGAGGAAUCCAGAAGCAUAAGGAUCAAACGCCCUCCGCCGCCGUCGCCGUAGCCGGACGAGAAUGAGGUGACGAAAAAUAGGAAAGAUAAAUCAACGACCGUUAGAUCGUAAUCGAAGGGUCAAACUGUACUGUUCAAUUUUGAACGCGAAUUUGAACCGUUCGAUCUGUUCAUCCGCUGCAUCUGGAGGCGUACAAUUGUCUGCUUCCGUCGCGAUCCACCUGGUCCAGACGGUGAGUACGCCAUUGCGUUUCCGUCUCCACCUCGUAACCUCCGAAUCAUUCUGAGCCCUUCAAUUGCGUGUAACGCAAUUAAGUAUGCUCCGGUACUUUCACGCCAGCCGUUUGAUUACGUCGUCUUCUGAAUUGUUUCUCUGCCGGUGGCAGGUUGCUUAAUGGCGAAGGCAACCAAGAGAUCUGAUCGGCACCGGCAAAUCGAAUGCAACAAAUUCGGCGUUCACACCGAAUUUCAAUGAAAAAGGCUUUGGUUAAUUA